AUGUUGAUGCGAGACGAAAUGAAGAGAACACGGCGAUCCAAACAAGUCACCGCAAAAUCCUCCAAGAGUCCAAUUCCAGCCAACCGAAUCAGGGAUGAGGACGACGACGAAGCUUGGCCGAGUCAACCUUCCGAGUCACUGACCGUUACGGUGGUCAAACCCAAGAAGUUCAAAUCUCAACUCCAAACCAAACCCGGCUCAAUCCCAGAUAAUCCUCCCGACGAAAUGACGAUCUUGCCCUUCACUUUCUUCCAAAUUGACGCCCUAGACCUCGCCCCUCGUUUGCUCGGCAAGUUUCUCAGGCGUGACGAUGUUGUUCUUCAGAUUACCGAGGUAGAAGCUUAUAGGCAAAAUGACUCGGCUUGUCAUGGUCGAUUUGGGGUAACUGCAAGAACAGCUCCCGUUUUUGGGCCUGGAGGAAAUGCAUAUGUUUAUCUUUGCUAUGGCCUUCAUUCAAUGCUGAAUGUUGUUGCUGACAAGGAGGGAGUUGGAGCUGCCGUCCUAAUACGUUCUUGUGCUCCAGUUAGUGGACUGGAGACCAUUCAGCAGCGUCGAGGUCAGAAGACUGAUAAGCCUGUGCUACUUAAUGGACCUGGAAAGAUCGGUCAAGCACUGGGACUUUCUACAGAAUGGUCUAACCAUCCCCUAUAUACUCCUGGUGGUCUGGAGAUCUUAGACGGUCCAGAGCCUGAAAAGAUGUUGAUUGGUCCCCGUGUGGGCAUCGAGUAUGCUUUACCUGAGCAUGUCAAUGCAUUGUGGAGAUUUGCAGUUGCAGGCACCUCUUGGAUAAGUGCUCCUAAAAACACUCUCAGGCCACCCUGA